GGAUAGUUGACUAUUUUUAUUGGCUUAGAGAUUUAUAUGGUUUAUGUUCUUAACCUUUCCGUUUUUUUUUCUAAUUUUUGUAGUAGUGUUUACAAAAUCCUUAAUUAUAAAUUAUUGCUUAAUAACUAAAACGUAAUGGCUAAUGAAGAAAAAACGGUGCCUCUUACGGACAGUUCGCUUAUGGUAGAUAUAUCCGACGCUCUAAGUGAAAAGGAUAAAGUUAAAUUCACUGUCCACACUCGCACUACAAUGAAAUCUUUUCAAAAACCUGAAUUUCAUGUUGUAAGGCAACAUGAGGAGUUUAUCUGGCUUCACGACAGAUAUGAAGAAGAUUCAAAAUAUGCUGGAUAUAUUAUCCCUCCUCCUCCGCCACGUCCAAAUUUUGACGCCUCCCGAGAAAAACUUCAGAGGCUUGGUGAAGGGGAAGGUACUAUGACUAAAGAAGAAUUUACAAAGAUGAAGCAAGAACUGGAGGCGGAGUACCUAGCUACUUUUAAAAAGACGGUAGCCAUGCACGAGGUAUUUCUCACUCGUUUGGCAAGCCACCUGGUAUUCAGAGAAGACCGUCAUUUGCACGUUUUUCUCGAAUACGACCAGGAUUUGUGCGCUCGCCCCAAAGGAAAGCUGCAACAGUUGGGCGGUUUUGUUAAAACGAUUGGCAGCACUACUGACCAAUACUAUCUCAAUGCAACUGUGCGGGAUGUCAACGACUUUUUUGAGCAACAAAUGAAUUCGCUGACAGAAUAUCAUAAUCAGUUGAAGGAAGCUACUCAUCGCACAGAUAAAAUGACAGAGAAGCAUAAAGAACUAGCCGACAGUUAUAUCAAAAUAUCGUCGGGAUUAGUUCAAUUGGCCAACAGCGAUACUGGUGAUUUGGAUAAAUUUUUGGCCAAAUUGGCCGACAUUUUCGAGAAGGCUAGGAAAAUCGAAAGUCGGGUGGCCAGCGACGAAGAUUUAAAGCUAGCCGACACGCUGCGGUACUACAUGAGAGACAGCCAAGCGGCUAGGGCUCUUCUGGUACGACGAUUGAAGUGUCUGGCUGCUUACGAGAACGCCAAUCGGACGUUAGAGAAAGCCAGGCACAAGAAUAAAGAUAUACACGCGGCACCAGAAGUACAAGAGGCCGAAACAGCUCAGUCGGCCGCUUGCGAGCAAUUUGAAGCAAUCUCCGCCCAGGCGAAGGAAGAGCUGUUAGACUUCAAAACUAGAAGGCUUUACGCGUUUAGAAAGAGCUUAAUCGAAUUGGCGGAAUUAGAGAUAAAACACGCCCGAAGCCAGCAAGACCUGUUGCGAAAGUCGAUUCACAGUUUGAAGGAACUGUUGUAGACCGUCGAAUUCGUUGUUAAGUUUCACAUCGGUUUCUAAGAUCGGAUUUUCUACGUUAUUUUCUAAAUGUAAAUAUUAUUAAUAUGUAUAUUUAUGGUUUUCUUGUAACUAAGUUACGGUAUACCUUUAUGAAGAUGUAAUCGCAAAAUUAUUUUCCAUUUAUUACAUUAU